AUGUCCCAGCCCCAACCUGAGCUCCAAGGUCCGCCUCUGAAGCCGGGGCGUUACAUCAAGAUCUCUCUCUUCCUGAAGCGCAGACCCGAUGUGACAGAAGAGUACUUCCACGCAUAUUGGCUUCACAAUCACACAAACCUGUUUUUGGGGGUUAAAGCAUUCAAGGAGCUGGUGAGGAAGUACAACCAGUCGCACUACAUCAAAGAGCUGGCCGACAUGAACCAAGAGGUCUUCGUUGGCGUCCCGCGUGUCGACUUUGAUGGUGUUGCUGAGUUCUGGGUGGACAGCAUGGAGGACUGGCGGAAGCUGUGGAAUGACGAGGAGUUCACUCGCGUGCUCCAAGGCGACAGUGAUUACUUUACCAUGUCGCCUCUGCACGCGACUGCUGGAUACGACUACCUGUUCAAGGACGACACAAACUAG